AUGCAAGUUUCUCAACUCGCUCCAGGAAUCUUUUAUUUCAAACAUCUUCUCUCCGAACAAGAAUGUUUGGACAUGAUCCACCAUGGAGAACGUCUCAACACUUUCCAAUCGGUUCCUCCGACUGGCUCUGGAAAUAAGAAUUCCCUCGUUUGGUGUGGAGUGAAUGCCAAUGAGGUUCGUAACAAUCAGAGAAUCAUUCUCGAGUCGACUCUCUUUUCUCGUGAAUGGAGUGAACGUUUGUAUGAUCGAAUUGCUUUACAUUUACCUCAAGAUUUGACCUUCCGAUUGAGGGCAUUGCCUGAGGAGGUGAAUCGUGCUGAUGUGUGUCCGAAUGUGGAGAAGGCUCUUGAAUGGAAAUUGUGUUCAGUGAGUGAUAAAUUUCGAUUGUACAAGUAUGAGAAGAAACAACACUUUUUGAAACAUUUUGAUGGAACCAAUAAGAGAAUUCUUUCACAAUUGACAAGUGACAUUUCUGACAAGAAAGAAGAGUUUGUCAAGGCACAAUAUGUGGAACAAAGUUUCUUGACCAUGCUGAUCUAUCUCAACUCCGUCCAGGAUGGAGGAGAAACUCAAUUUUUUGAUUACUAUUCCAAAAAGGAAACCUUUCAAGUGAAACCUGAACGUGGAAGUGCUUUAGUGUUUUGUCAUGAAAUGUUACAUCAAGGAAAUGAUGUAUUGAGUGGUGUCAAGUACUUAUUGAGAACCGAUGUGUGUUACAUGAAAAAGAAGGACAUUGUGGAGAGUAGUCGUUAUGUGAAUCCAAAAACUUUGAAAGAUCCUUCUCGUAUCAAAGAGGUUUCUAAUCAACAACAAAAGAAACAAAAAACAAGAUCUUAUGCUUCACUUCCAGAAGGUCGUUAUCAUGUUGGCGAUUGGCAAAUCAUGUAUCAUCCAUCGUGCCAACUCUACACCGAUUAA